CUGAGACUCACGGGGUUUCGCUGGCAGAGCGACGGGUGAACCCAGGGCCAUGGCGCUGCAGUGCUACAACACGGGCUGCGGGCAGCGGUUCGAUCCUGAGCACAACUCCCCGGAUUCCUGCGUGUAUCACCCAGGCGUCCCCAUCUUCCACGAUGCCCUGAAGGGCUGGUCUUGCUGCCGGAAACGCACGACGGACUUCUCCGAGUUCCUCGCGAUAAAGGGCUGCACAAAGGGGUAUCACAGCAAGGAGAAGCCCCCUGAGCCGUUCAGCCCAGAGGAGACCUCAGACAAGCCAAAGGCCAAGCCGGCGGUCGAGCUCAUCAUCCAAGGACCAGCAUCAGCUGAGAAGAUGCAGCGGGAAAGACCAACCUCUGACGAGCCAAGGCAACUCCUGCCAAUUAAAGUAUCCAGAUCUCUGGAGCAGGCGCUGGAGAAAUUGGACCUGCCUGCCAAGGAAAAGGCAUCCGAGGGCAACAGUGCAGGGGAGGCUGCUGCCCAGGUGAGAGCUGGCACCGCCUGCAAGAACACGGCCUGCAAGGCGAUCUACCAGGGGCCAGACAGCAAUGCAGAGACUUGCACUUUCCAUCCUGGGGUUCCUGUCUUCCACGAGGGGAUGAAGUACUGGAGCUGCUGCGCAGUCCGAACGACAGACUUUGGUGCCUUCCUGGAGCAGCCAGGCUGCAGCACUGGGCGGCACUGCUGGACAGAGAAGAGGGACAAGAAGGCGGUGUCCUGCCGGCAGGACUGGCACCAAACUAGCAGCCACGUGGUGGUGACUGUCUACGCUAAGAACCCGCUGCCAACCCUCAGCACCAUCAAAGCCAACCGCACUGUGCUUGAGAUUCACAUCGUCUUUGAGGGAAAUAAGAUUUUCGAGGCUGAAUUGGAUCUCUGGGGGGUGAUUGACAUAGAAAAGAGCUUUGUGAGCAUGGUCCCCACCAAGGUGGAGAUCACGCUCAGCAAAGCCAGCCCUGUCUCCUGGGGCAGGCUGGAGCUCCCCCAGAGCAGGUCGCAACCCUGCGGAGAGCAAGUGAAGAAGGACAUUGUUGACAUAGAUGAGCCUGUGGGAGCCCAGAGGGAUGACUCGGAUGAUAGCUUGAGCUGGUCAGAGGAGGAAGACGAGGAGAUGGAGAUGGGAACACCAAGCAAUUGAUGUUCGAGUGCUUCAGCAAAAGAGAAGUGUCAGCUUCCUCCAGCAUGUGUGUUUCUGAGGUGCCCAGGGGCUGCAGCACCACCUCCAGCAGAGCAGACCGAGCCUCCCAGACCAAGCCGAAUGCUGCGUGUGUGGCUGCAGCACACCCUGUCUCUGGUUGAAAGGGCAAGUGAAAAAAAACACAGACCAAAGGUUAUAGUCCGAUAUCCCUCAUAAGUGCUUAAGAAAUGAUAGGGGGACAAGAUCCCCAGUCUGUCUCUCCCUUCUCCUGCUGCUGACCAGGGCAGGACAACAGAAGAGCCUCACCCUCUGCAUAGGAGACAGUUCAUACCCAUGCUGGGUCUCCUCUGGACCUGUGCCAUCAGAGAAUCAGCUUUAACAUGGACCUCUCGUAUCGGCAUUCCCUGCUGCCAUCCCACAGCAGGGAGGGAAGCCAUGAGCCUGGAAGAUGUUUGGAUGGAGGUGGUGUCCAUGUGCAGGAGGGAAAGUUUGUUGAUGCUUGUGGCAUUCCCAGGGGUUUUUGACUAAGUGCUUCAUAAAGAAGUUUGUAGAAAUGAAGCUGCCACGGGGUAGGAGGUUAAUAACUGAUGAAAAGACAGGAAACAGAGGUCAACUGUUUUAACGGAGGGGGAGGAGACUGGCAGGGGGAAAUUCCCAGUGAUUUACGCUGUUUAACAUGUUCCAAAUAGCUGAGAGGGUGGAUGGAAAAUGACGUGUACCCUUUGAUGAUUGUACUAAAAAGUUCAGGUAUUACAAAGUUACCACUGAUGGCAAGAA